AUGAAGCUCGGCGAGCGCACCACUGAACGCUCGCUGCAGCAUCUCCCAGGGAUCUUUGCGCUGCGGGCAGCUGGGAGAACGAGCGAAGCAGAGGCCGUGGUGAGCAGACCCGCUCGGAGAGAAAGGCCUGAACGCGCUGGUGUUCAGGCGCAGUGUGCCGGCUGUGAGGUUGACACAGUCAGCACCAACCCUUCAUCACAGGAGCGCGCGCGCUGUGCGGAACAUGCGGAGCACUGCGUGCUGGUGGAUCAGUGGUCAAGACAGCGGUUCUCCGCUCUCGCUCAGAUUCGUCUCUUCCGAUCGGUGGUGGCUGAGAGAUUCACCCCAGCGGAAGGCAUGCUGUUUCUCGGGACACACCUCCUCGGCCACAGCCCAGCUCAUGGCCUUCCCGAAGCUCUCGUCUGUGAACGGCUUGCCGGUGGUAGCGUGCAGGAUUCGUGCGAGGGUCCGGUCCAAAUGGGCGUGGCGGCCGUAUGCGCCCGCGGCCGGUGUAUCUGGACCCUCGGUCACUGUUACUACCAGACCAUCGUGACACCGGUGUCGCUGCCGGACUCGUCAUGCUCGCGGAUCCCUCACACGGUCACACUCCUGUCCAUCCCAGCCUCUGCCGAGGGCAACAACGGACGCAGAGGGCGAGGUUUCUCCGUGUCCAUCGACCAGCCGCUCAGCCCCACCGGUGGCUACAGUCCUGAACAUGGACCCACCAUCAGAGUCUCACAGGUGGACACAGAGUGCAUCAGUCCAGAUGUGAAAAACUCCAUUCACGUUGGAGAUAAGAUCCUGGAAAUCAACGGGACACCCAUUCAAAAUGUCCCCCUGGAUGAGAUCGACCUGCUGAUCCAGGAGACCAGCCGGCGGCUGCAGCUCACCAUCGAGCACGACCCUCACAGUCCAGGACCGGAGGGAGACUCCUCGGAGGCUGAGGAUCGAGUGAACGGCCCCCUGACCACCCCUCUGUCAGAGGGCCCUAGCCCCAACCUGCCCAUCACACAGCCCCCCUUCCCCGACAGCCUGAGAUCCCGCAUCAUCACACGGAGCUGCAGCAUUGAUAAGUCACCCGGCUCCAGCAACGCAGCAUCCCCCAUCUCCCAGAGGAAGGACAUUAAUCGAUCAGAGUCGCUGCGCGUCGUGUCCAAUCAGACGCACCGCAUCUUCCGCCCAUCUGACCUCAUCCAUGGAGAGGUGCUGGGGAAGGGCUGCUUUGGACAGGCCAUCAAGGUGACCCACAAGGAGACCGGGGAGGUGAUGGUGAUGAAGGAGUUGAUUCGCUUUGAUGACGAGACACAGAGAACAUUCCUGAAAGAGGUGAAGGUCAUGCGUUGCCUGGAUCAUCCAAAUGUGCUCAAGUUCAUCGGAGUCCUCUACAAGGACAAGAGACUGAACUUCAUCGCAGAGUACAUAAAGGGAGGCACCCUGAGGCAACUCAUCAAGAAAAUGGACAGCAACUAUCCCUGGAACCAGCGGGUCAGUUUUGCCAAGGACAUAGCUGCUGGAAUGACAUAUCUGCAUUCCAUGAACAUAAUCCAUCGGGACCUGAACUCACACAACUGUCUUGUACGAGAGGACAACACAGUGGUUGUGGCAGACUUUGGGCUGUCUCGCCUCAUGGUGGUCGACAAGCUUGAGGAGAAAUUCUCGCAGGGAAAUCUGCCCGGCCUGAAGAGGCCCGACCGCAGGAAGAGAUACACGGUGGUGGGAAACCCCUACUGGAUGGCUCCUGAGAUGAUCCAUGGGAAGAGCUACGAUGAGAGAGUAGACAUCUUCUCCUUUGGUAUCAUGCUCUGCGAGGUAAUUGGCAGGGUGAACGCAGACCCAGACUACCUCCCCAGGGCGAUGGACUUCGGCCUGAACGUGUCUGGCUUCCUGGAGCACUUCUGUCCCCCUGAUUGUCCCCCCGCCUUCUUCCCCAUAGCUGCUGUGUGCUGUGACCUCGAUGCAGACAAAAGGCCUGCUUUCUCUAAACUGGAGGAGUGGCUGGAGAACCUGAAGAUGCACUUGGACAUUGGUCUACCGCUGGUGUCUAAAGUGGACCAGAUGCACAAGGCCUUCUGGGAGAACCACAGCAUUCCCCGCCCUGAAAACGGCCUGCACACCCACCCCGAGCAGCCGGAGUAGUCCUUUACACAACUGGAGGAGUGGGAAAUUAGAUGAACCUCCACACAGGCAGCGAAUGCCUGCCUCAGGUGGAGCAGUGGCUGGAGCUGUAAAAACUCCUCCCUGUUUAACGCUGCGGGCGCAGGCUGGCUCAGGCUGGACGAGAAGACUCGGGGAAAAGGUGGAUCUGAAAAGCCACCUGUGCAAGACGCACACACACACAUUCAAAGUCAAAUCAAGAGACAUUUACUACGAUAGCUGGAUUUUGCUGAUUCUGACGCUAAAGUGGAACAUGUCAUAUGCAAUCAGACCCAACUCUCAAGUCAUGAAUCAGUUAAUCUAAUCAUUAGGUGUCAUUCCAUACACGAUUACUUAUUGUAGUGUGUAUAUUACUGUAGAAAAAGGCAAACUUCCUCUACAUUGUGUGGUAUGUGUUUCCUGGUUUCUGUGACUUUGCUUUGAUUUUGCUUUUAAAACUGAGCUUCUGAAAAACGCAAAUGCCUCCCGCAUGUCGCUUAAGACACAAAAGUCAAAUUGCUGUCAAACUUGUAAAAGUCAAACAAAACCUUUCAGGCUUUUCACUGAAGAGUGCAUAGGUGUAAAUAAUGGUGUCAGGUAGGGCUGCUCGAUUAUGGCAAAAAUCAUAAUCUCGAUUAUCUGGGUCAAUAAUUGAUAUCACGAUUAUUAAA